AUGUCCUGCACAGAUUCUCUCGAGUACCAGGACGCUAACAAGUCCGAGCAUGAGCAUCAAGGUAUUCAGGCUUCAAAGAACCAAUUUUCUUUCAAUGAAGAGUUUGACGUCUUCUUGAAGAAGCUAGCCACAUCUCCUGAUGGAAAACAGGAUGCCUCUGUAGUUUCAUCGCGAUUGAUCACUUACCACGAUCUCCAAGAUAAAGCCGCUCAAGAUGGUUAUUCUCUGCGCAGCCUCCCAUUGUCAAAACUCAGCUCCAGUUUUGGCAAUGGUUACUUCUGCCUUAAGUCCAUGGACAUGGCCCGCGUUGAUAGCUCUAUGUCUCUUCAGGACUACAAAGACCGUGAGAUCCAGUCUGACAAUGGAGAAAAAGGACACCAAUCUAUGAAUGUGUACUGGACGCGCGACUUUCAAGGAGAUCUUAAGAAGGUUCUUAAAGAUGUUUCAGAGACAGGCAAGCUUCCUAAGGAUGAGCGCGAGCCAUUCAAACCAGAGGCGAUUCCAGACUAUAAAUCGGCUCUCAGCACGGAACAGUCCAUCAAGAUGGAGAAGCCGAAGGAGAAAGACUCCUUGUACGGCCUUUCUCAGGACAAUUGGUCUCAUAUUAUUGAGGGAAACCAGCUGCUGUAUGCGUUUCAGGUUAACGAGGAGCUUGUGGACAGACUCCACGGGCAGUCUCUCCAAGACUUCUUGGCAGUCAAGCCUAGCAAAGCAACUGAGUCCAAUGACGCAAAAACGACAGAGAAAGCCGCAGAAGAUUCCAAUCAGUCGGUUGAUUCCAAUGACGCAAAAACGACAGAGAAAGCCGCAGAAGAUUCCAAUCAGUCGGUUGAUUCCAUGGCUAUACAUGAUGAACCCAAUGUUUCUGCUAUGUCGACAGUCAACUCAGUCGUCCCAAUCAGCCGCUCAACCAGGCCAGUGUUCAUCAUCAACCCUGACUCUGGAAUUGGAAGCAGUGGGAAAAAGGAACUCGAGUCAAGCAAGAUCCAUGCUGGGCUAUUCUGGAGUAGUCCCAACAUACUGAGUACCACCGAAAUCAUCAAGGUUGAGGACACUGUUCAGCAAUGGUCUAUCCAGAGUGGCAUGUCUUCUAAGUCAUUCACCGCAGGAAUAUCAUUCCCAAUUGGCAAGGCGUCCGUUGGUGCUAAAUUUGGGUUUGAGCGUGAGCAAAUUAACGAGAACGAGCAGAAAAAGGCAGAGCGUUGCAGUACUCUUACAGCAGUGCAUCUGAUUCCUACAGCACAGAUAAAUAUCAACGAAACUACAGUUCUUCUGAGUCCUGAUGCUGAGGCUGACAUCAAGAAACUGAGACAGAAGCGAAGGUUCUCUGAUCUAUUCACUUUUCUGAUGAAAUAUGGUAUGAAGACCCAGCGAAGCUCGAGUUCGCUGAGCCUGACAGUUUCUGCAGGCACUCAGGUCUACCAGACCGUUACACUCGGCGGCCAAUUGUACCAUGCACAGUCUUUAAACACUUCAGACGCUCAGCAGGUACAGGAGCAGAAAAAUCGAGUCAAGAAAUCUAUGAACGCAAGCCUUGGCAUCCCGGAUUUUGUUGAGGUCACCACCGGCUAUUCUAAGGAGGACAGCAACACAAAAGUGGAAGGCAACAGGGAAAUCCAUACCACAGAAAACCUGUCUUGGUCCGGAAUCGGUGGCAAUCCCACCCUCAUUGUUGACCCUCCUAAAUGGCGCGAGUCACUAAACGAAUACACUAACUGGAGGCCAAUUCGGUAUGAGACUCCUGUCCGGAUCGAUACUUUUAUCGGCAGGAUCCAGGGCUACAGCGACGUGCCGGUUCUCUUUUCUGAGAUAUUGUCGACUGGCGUUUUUAACCGUUCUAUUGCCUCCUUGUCUCCCGUUGGCCUCCAAAGAAGUGAUGACAAGUCGUCGUACUUGGUCCCGACGCCUGGAAUGAUCAUUAACGCGACAACUGGCACCACUCUUCCGAGUUCAACUUCAUUAUCCACUAUCCAGACGGAGGUAACACCAGGGGGUUAUUCAUGGGCCGUUUAUGCGAAACCACGUGGAAUCCAACAGGAAAUACGUGCCGAGUUGCAAUCCACCUUGAACUUCAUGGUCAACAUUCAUCACCACGCCCGCUACCUCAAGGAUCUAUGCGCAGAUACAGACAGUUUCUCAAUUUUGCUCAAGUGGACAUCUUCGUCGGUCAGAGAUUCGUUUAUAGUUGACGUGGAACCGAAUACGCAGAAGAGCGAGAACGACAGAACUGAACUCAAGAAGGCUUCCACACAGCUUGAAGCAGCUAAAGAGACACAGAAAAACGCAGAAACUGCCUGGGAACAGGACAGAUCUACACUUGAGAAGGACAAGGCGAGUUGGCCAGCGUGGCAAAGGGGAACGCCAGCAGAGCAGCAAAAAGCUAAAGAUCAAAAGAAGCAGUUCGAUGACGCCAAAGCCAAGAGAGACAAGGAAAAGGCUAACAACGACAAGCAAGUCGCCAUGAAUACUGGAAGGCUUGCUUAUGCUAGGGUGCUUGGCCUAACAGGCCCCGAUGAUAACGCGGAUAAGAACAUGCUACUCCUCAGAAGCGUUACCUCGGAAGCAUGGAUCGUGGGUCUUUGGACAAUUCGCCGACAAAAUCCCGCCAAUGCACCUUCUAAGAAGUCGGGCAAUAGCAAAGAGACGUCACUUUCGAUAGAAGACUUUGAAGAUCUCAAGUCUGCAUUUGUCCGACGUUUCAGCGGCCCACAAGGAAUCGAAGGAGGCUGCGACUUCAUCAAUGACACCCUGAGGACUCGGUCGCAGGCGGUUGUCAAAUUCAGCAUGUUUGCUAGCGAUGGGAUUGCCAGACAGGAGGCUGAAGUGCAUAGCAAGAUAGAUCCUCGGUACGCAUUCGACUUUAUCGAUCGACGGAUCAGCCUCAGCAGCAUUCAUUACUUGGCUGUUAGUGGCGAGAUUGCAGCAGCUGGUGGAGGCCCGUUGCCCCUUCAGGGAUAUAUGCCUGAAGCUAUACUUUUGCAGUAUCAGGAAGCACUAGCUUGCCUUAUCUUCCUUCAAACCCAGAAAGAGAAUGUAAAAGACUCGAAGAAAAAGUUACUCAAAUCGAUUCAGGUACAGGAUGCAGCAGGAGCACAGAAACAGCUUACAGAGUUUUUUGAGACGAUGUAUAAGCUUGAGGUUAAGAAGAAGAAGGAAGAUUAG